AUGAGUUUACUUCUUGUUUUUUCUCUGGUUGGGCUCGUUUUGUCCAGUGUGGUUUCAGUCCCAUUAUCGAGGAAGGAUGCAGCGACGCUAAAGAGCUCGGAGCUCAAGAAUAUCCAAGAUGACUUCGCUCCUUUACCAAAACAAUUGUAAGAAUUGAAACGAACUUAAUAUCUACGUUUAUCUACGUUAAAAUUUCUUAAGUUACUUCUAACUAGCAUGCUGGACAAAAAAGAUGAGGAAAAGAAAAAUUAUAAAACGUCUUGAAAAGGAAAACUAGAGGUUGACUGUAUGAUGUUUCCCUAAAUACCAAGAUAAAACAGGUAUAAGCCAUUUACGAUAUAAAAUAGAGCGAUUUUACUUAACCCUCGAAAUAGGUAGUAGAAUACUUUAGCUAUUAUGUGCUAAUUCCAUUGUCUUCUUUUGUUUACUUGUAAGUAUUUUGCACUAGUUGUUAUUCUCUGUUUCACCGGUCAAGUAAAAUCACUCUUAUGAAAUAGGACAUUCAAAAAAUAUUUAUAAAAUAUAAAUUGGAUCACUUGUGAUCAGUGACAAGCCUGAAAUUUGAGUAAGAUUUACCUUCCACCGUCUCUUGAAGACUUACAUCAUCCAAUCUGUGAGGUGGAUAUCUCUCUACAGCAUACCUUUAUAGGCGUAUAGGCGAAUCUUUGUUUACACUUUUUGCAACAUUAUUAACACAUGCGUAUCACUAUCUGUUAUGGCUAAUAAAGUAAAAACUCUGAAUAUUGAAAGGGCAUAACACUUUCAGUUAUCGCUGCAAUACACCGAAUGGUUUCGGAGAAAUUCUCUUCUAAAAACUCGAAAUUUCACAGAGAAUGUAUGCAUGGCUCAUUAACUUUUUUGCCACACAGCAAUUUCGAAGUUUUUGAUGGCUGAUAUUUCAUUCAAUAUUGCUUGUAAAGAGCUGAAAAUUGCUCAAAUUGCUCAACUUAAUCAGCUCUUUUAACUUUUGCAUUUAGUUCAUAUAUACGGCCACGGCUUUGAGUUAAGUCGCAAGGUAAUGAGGAAAGUGUAAACAUUGACGUCAGCAAAGAUUCGCCUAUGGAGCUAGUCUCUGACGUUCCUUGGUCAUUUUGACGUAAAUGGCUGGAUGAUGUCAACAUAUGUUCCAGGGAAGAGACCCAGGGGCAGGGCCGACUCUCACAAAACUAUUUGCAAAAAUUCAAGCAGAUGCCGGUUCCUGAUUGGGCACGAAAAAUGCUUAGUGUUAUUGUGCCCAAUCGGCGAACAGUUUCUCCGGAGUUCUUUUCGUGAGUUUGUACACGACGGAUAUUGCCUCGCCACUCUUGCCCGGCUCGCGCACCAAGCUUGUGCGCGCAAGGGAAACUUUUAUUUUCUACUUUCCUAACCAGAAACGAAGAAACCACCGAUGAGUCGAAAAAACGUCUGGGAUGUUAUAAGCAGGAGCAAUUCAAUUUGCCCCGAGAAUAUUCUGUUUUUGACGGAUCACAAUGUGUCGUAAAUAACAGGAAGUUUGAGAAGUGGCGGCGACGAGAAAGUCAAAUAAACAAUAGCUUGACAAGGCAAAACAACAACUUUGCACGUGCAUCACGCUUUUUUGUACAUUUCUUUGCCGUCAACUGCACGACUAUCCGUGGAAAUGCCUAAUUUCACGUUUUGUGAAGGACGUAAACAAGUAGUGACAAAAUUCUUUUUCCUCAUGAACUUGGAUGUGGUUGAUACAAAUUCAUCUCCAGAAGAGUUCGCUUGAAUUUGACAAAGUAAGCGAGUUGGAAUAAUCACGACAGAGACCGAAAAAAUGUGAAUUCACUUUUCCAUGCGACGUUUUCGUGGCUGUCAGCCGUCGUGGUAUCUUUUAAUAUAUGGAUUUAGCCAGGGCUAAAGGCGAAGCUCUGGUUAAUAAUAAGUGUAAACAAAAAAAAAUUGAAUCGUGUAAUGCUAAACGGGGACGACAAUGAAAAUGGCUUCAAGACCAAUAGAAGUAAUUAGCAAAAAAAAAAAACAAAUUGCCCGUGCAGCACCCUUUUCCUCUAAUUAGCAAAAAACAACACGCAGCACGCAGCACGCUUUUUUGUCUUUCCCUUUCCGUCGUUUUGCACGACUACAAAAGUCAGACUUCCUAGUUACACAUUAUUUUUAUGGAGGAAUUGUCGUAUGUGCUUACCCAAUAUUUUGUUUCCUGCGUUCAUGUUCGCUUUUAUUUUUCACUGCCGCCCAUUUUCACCUUGCUGGCCGCUAGCAUUUGUCCUUUUCUCACCGCCGCUUUGAAUUUCCAUAUUUUUCUUCCUACGAAAUUCGUCUCCUUUGUUUUCAAUAACUCGCUCUAGCUCUUUCUCUGUUAUCCACGCUAGUGUAAACACAAAAAAUAACGCCGAAAACGACAGGACUUUGUUGUUGUCCGGGCGGCCAUGUGACUUCCUUCCAAAUAAAACCUUGAGUCGCAUUUGGGUUGCCAUACCUGUUGAUUGAGUUAUUUUACAUUGGUAUGCCUGUAGUGCGGAUAGACGGUCGCUGUUUGCGGAUGGAUCGCUCGCUAUGGGGUAUACGGUCACGUGAUCCGCUAAAAACCAAAUGUUUUGCGGAUGGAUACGUGAUUAUUUUUGAAGAGACUGUUCGCCGAUUGGGCACAAUAAUACAAAGCAUUUUUUUGUACCCAAUCAGGAGCUGGCAUCUGCUUGAAUUUUUGGAAAUAGUGCGGUGAGCUCACCGGUACUUGAAAACGUUCGUCCCGCCUUUUCUCCCAAACCGACUGACUGCCCCUGGGUCUCCGAGGACGCAUAUGUUCGUGCGGAUUGUUAAUUACGUGACAGUGGAAAUUAAAUCCACCCUACAGCUGACAUUACUUCACGUCUUGAAAAACCAAUUUUGUGAAAACAAAACACAAAAAAAGGAAAAGAAAAAAAUACUGGUUUGCAGUCUAAUUCGGUAUGGUUCAAACACCCCUGUUCACACUGCGCCCCUGGAGUGGCACAGAAACUUGUUGAAUAUCUGAGGGUCCGCUUUCAAGAUUGGUGAGGCACAGCCGCCUCCGUUCAAGCAAUCGCAGCGAUAAAAAUCAACGUUCUCAUUUGUAAACGCGAUAUGAUCGGAUAUGGUUUUCGUACCGGCGCAAGAGCUAUUCCUUACAGUGUAGACAAAGCCUAAAUAUAACUAAAAAUACGUGUAUCGCAAGACCUCUUGUGGCUCGGGUAAAUUGGCCAGCAGUAGGAAUAUGCACCGGCCAUUUUGAAAGGUUUUUAAAGUAGGUCAUAUUCAUUCCAAUGCAAACUUUUAUUUAUAUUUUUACUCUUCCAACAUGGUCACUUUAAACCACUUUACUCAAUGUUUUUUUUCUUUCUAGAAAAUUGCAGCCAUUAAAAACAUUAAAAUGGAUUAAAAACAAAAUGCACCUUAUAUGUAUAUCGGUCAUUUCCGUCACUUUAUUUAUUCAUUUUUCAUUCUAUAUUCUCCUUAGUUAUUGUUAACAAAUUGAUCUUUUUUUAUUCACUUUAAAAGAGGUUAUCAUGCUCAAUACUUCCAAAGAACCUGUGGGUCAUUCUCAAACAACGCAGGUCUUUGUUAAAAAUUAAUGUCAGCUAUUGCACUGCUAGACGGUACUAGAGAGGCCGUUUUAUGUCUAUCAAGUUAUUUUAUUUUAUAUUCAUUUUAAGUUCAUAUCUUCUUUCUUAUCAUACUGUGAAAAUCGCAAGACUCAGGUCUCUUUUUAUUUAAUGUUUUUUUUGUUUGCAGCAGAUGGUCUGACGAAGAUUCACCUGAAGGUGAAGACAGCCUAAAAGGACCUAGCGUAGAACUGACGACAAGUAAUGAAUAUCGCGGUCGGAAAUCCCUUGAAACUAAAUUUGAAGGGGUAGUUGAUUAUGAUUUUAAAAACAAAUUUGAAGCCAUCGAAGAAGAAGCUGAAGAAGAACUUGAAGACGAGACUCGGAGGCAACUUGAAGACGAGUCUGGGAGGCAACUUGAAGAUGAAGGUGGGAGGCAACUUAAAGACCAGGCUGGGAGGCAACUUGAAGAUGAGGUUGAGGACAAACGUGAUGACGAGAGUCAAGAACUUGGAGAUGAGAUAAUAGACGAAUUUGAUAAAGAUAUCGAGAAUUCACUAACAAUGGAUUUAGAGGAAGACCUUAGGGAAGAAGAUAACAAUACGGACACGAAUAAUACAAGAUCUCAAGUCCCUAGAUCAGGCCUUCCUCGUCCAGGUCGUAAGCGACAAAUAUUUCCUGUUAACAAAGUAAAGGGUGUUGGACCUACCAUCAUAGUCGGGCGCAGAGGAAUGAGCCGCCGUCUACAUCCUUUCCAAAGAACUAGUCAUGUUCGCAGCCCCAUUAAACGUUAA